GCCCUAUCUUUUAAAUUCCUUGUGGGACAGGUAAACCAUUAACGUAGGCAAGUCUUGUUCAUUCAUUGACAAUUCAAUGGCCUGAGGUGAACCUUAUCUUCUUGUGUAUUCACCAAAUGAGUGAAUGAACGGGUCGUCGACAUGUUGUUACUCUUACUCAACUACCUUUUCUUUCUGUUCAAUUUUUCUAUAACAAAAACCGAAGCCAUUGAUAACCUUCAGUAUCUGAAUCACAGCUGUUCAAGCAACAAAACCUUCACUCCAAACAGCACCUACCAAUCCAACCUCCAAACCCUCCUCACCUCCCUAUCUUCCCAUGCCACCACUGCACAAUUCUUCAACACCACAACGGGUGGCGGAGACGCCGCCGGCGAAAACAUUUACGGCUCCUUCAUGUGCCGUGGCGAUGUCAGCAACCACACGUGCCAAGAAUGUAUUAAAACUGCAACCCAACAAAUAACCGUACGGUGUCUCAACUCCAAAGAGGCCUUAAUUUGGUACCACGAAUGUAUGGUUCGUUAUUCCAACCGUUGUUUUUUCUCCGCCGUGGAAGAAUGGCCUAGGUUCAACUUCGUGGAUUUCAACGUGAAUACGAAUUCAACAGAAGGAAUCUAUGGGUAUUGGUUGCUAUCCAAAACGUUGAGUGAUGCAGUGGGUGAGGCUGUGAAAGCUGGCACCAAGAAGUUUGCAACGAAAAACGCUACCGUUUUUGGGUCUCAAAGAGUGCAUACUCUUGUUCAGUGCACGCCAGAUCUAUCAAGCGAAGAUUGCAGUAAGUGUUUGGGUGAUAUUAUGAGAGAUAUUCCUUUGUGUUGUCUCGGAAGGAGAGGUGGAAUGGUUCUAUUUCCAAGCUGCACUUUGAUGUUUGGGAUAGGACAGUUCUACAGAGACUUUCCUCAUGGUACACCAGAAUCAAAAUCAGAAAAUGAAAAGGGUUCACUACGAACAAUUGUUAUAAUUGUCCUCCUUGUUGUUGUUGUUCCGGUGAUGCUAAGCUUCUUUAGCUAUCAUUUGAUACGAAGAAAAGCAAGAAAGAGAAAUUACAAGAUUCUUCUAAGAGAAAAUUUUGGUCAGGAAAGUGUCACUAUAGAGGGUUUGCAAUUUGAUUUGGAUAUAAUUGCAGCUGCAACAAAUAACUUUUCACAUGAAAAUAAGAUUGGUAAAGGUGGAUUUGGAGAAGUUUACAAGGGAAUUCUUCCUAAUGGACGACGUAUAGCUGUGAAAAGAUUAUCGACAAAUUCAUCACAAGGUUCGGUUGAAUUCAAAAAUGAGAUUUUAUCAAUAGCAAAACUACAGCAUAGAAAUCUUGUGGAGUUAAUAGGUUUUUGUCUAGAAGUGCAAGAGAAGAUUCUUAUUUAUGAGUACAUGUCCAACGGGAGCCUUGAUAACUUUUUAUUUGAUCCUCAACAAAAGAAGUUGAGCUGGUCACAGCGUUAUAAAAUUAUAGAAGGAACUGCACGAGGAAUUCUUUAUUUACAUGAACAUUCUCGCCUUAAAGUUAUACAUCGUGAUCUUAAACCAAGUAAUAUUCUAUUAGAUGAAAAUAUGAAUCCUAAGAUAUCAGAUUUUGGUAUGGCUAGAAUUAUUGAACUAAAUCAGGAUCUUGGGAAAACUCAAAGAAUCGUUGGAACAUUUGGUUAUAUGUCUCCAGAAUAUGCAAUAUUUGGACAAUUUUCUGAAAAAUCUGAUGUUUUUAGUUUCGGAGUUAUGAUUAUAGAGAUUAUCACGGGGAGAAAGAAUAUAAAUUCUCACCAAUUGCCCGAUAUUGUAGAUAGCCUCAUGAGUUAUGUUUGGCGACAAUGGAAGGAUCAAGCACCACUGAGCAUAUUGGACCCAAAUUUGGAAGAAAAUUAUUCUCAAUUUGAAGUCAUUAAGUGCAUUCAUAUUGGUUUACUAUGCGUUCAAGAAAAUAAAAAUAUUAGGCCUACUAUGACAAAAGUUAUUUUUUAUCUCGAUGGUCACACACUUGAUGAGUUGCCAUCUCCACAAGAACCACCAUUUUUCUUUCGAGAUAUAAAGGAUAAAAAAAUACCUAUGCAACAUUUUUCUGUAAAUAAGAUGUCUACAAGUAUAUUUUAUCCUCGAUAAUAAGUUAAUUCUAUUUUAUAGCAUUAUUUACUUGUGUUUCUAA